AGAGUGUUGUGCCGGUGUUCCGUCUUUAUCGUGUGUUAUCUCCUUAUUCGUGUGUCAUCCACCUUCCACUUGACGAUGGAGGACGAGCGUGUGGACCAGGGAGGCAGUGGAGGACGAGUGGACGCCUGGGUGUGGUGACGGUCGCCUGUGGUGGAGCUUAGCGCGGCGGGCAGCGGCAGGCUGAAAAUGUUUCCAUCGAGAUGGGGAGAAGUGUUUGUAGUGCUGGGCGUGGUGGUGGAGGUGAUGGCUGUCCCCAGCCAAUAUUCCCCUUCCUUUGAUUUCUCCCCCGUGACCUUCGUGAGACAGAGGAGGCAGUUAGAAGAUACAAUAAAUUCUGAUUCAUUGAUUUGUUUGCUUUUGGCAAGCGAUGAUGGUAAAUCCUGUAACUCUUCCCCUGAGAAUCCCCCUUCACCCCUCAAAGCACCCCCAUUACCCGUGAGCCUGCCUCCCGCAAAGCCACAGCCACCAGCGCCUCUCUGCCGCUGCGUCCCCCACUGGCAGUGCAAGGACAACAAGUUAGUCACAGACGUAAAAGGCGAUAGUCUCUCGUCCUUCGCCUUGGACCUGCGAAGUAACCUUGGCUGCGGCAACCCCGAAGAACUGUGUUGUGUGGAGGUGGAUGUCAGCGCCACGCCCCCUACCGUGCCGCCCGUCAUCCCCCUUUGCGGCGAGAGGAACGACCUGGGUGUCGGUAAUACCUUUAUUGGCUUCGAGGACCAACAGUCUCAGUUCGGAGAGUUUCCUUGGACCGCUGCCAUCAUCUCCUCUGGCGGCUCUGUUUCGCCUGAUAAGCCUCUCUUCGUUUGCGGAGGAUCCCUGAUUCACCCACAGGUGGUCCUCACCGCAGCACACACCUUGCUCGACUACACUGCUGACCAACUGAAGGUUCGUCUCGGGGAGUGGAACUUGGCGGGGAAGACGGAGGCGGUGCCUCACCAGGAGAUUCAAGUGAAGGAGGUGCUGCUCCACCCCGACUACCACAAGGUGAAGCAACACUACGACGUGGCGCUGCUGGUGCUGGACCGACCCGCGGUGCUCGGCGCCACUGUUAACACCAUCUGCCUGCCGUCCAAACUUGAGGACUACGUGAGCGAUGAUUGCGUCGUCUCUGGCUGGGGUAAAAAGGACUUUGACAAGAAAAGCAGAUUCCAAGAGGUGAUGAAGAAGGUGUCGCUGCCCGUGGUGGACCACGCCCAGUGCCAGGCCGCCCUGCAGGGCACGCGGCUGGGGCCUAGCUUCACCCUGCACGACAGCUUCCUCUGCGCCGGGGGGCAGAAGGAGGGUCAGGACGCCUGCACGGGGGACGGCGGCUCCCCCCUGGCGUGUCGCCUGCAGAGUGACGCCCGACGCUUCGUGCUGGUGGGCGUGGUGGCGUGGGGCAUCGGGUGUGGGACCCUCGGCGUGCCUGGGGUGUACGCAGACGUGCUGAAGGCGCGGCCCUGGAUCGACCAGGUUAUCAACGAGAAGUUUGUCAACGCCGGGGGGCCGAAGUUAGAGUUGCCGAUUGAUGUGCGGUCCUCCCUAGGAAAGUGAGGCGGAAGUAAUAUUAGUUUUGUUUGUAUGGGAGAGCUGAAAAGAAUAAGGGAUGGAGAGCAAUAUAUUUUAGCAUAAUAUAUUUUGAUGUUUGUAUCCUAUUUUCCUAUUGUUUGGCAAGGCUUACAACAGAGAUCAAGGUUUCAUCCUUGGGUGGAAUGACUGCUGUUGUUUGGCCUACUCGUGGACACCCUCUCCUCUAUUAACCCUUUGUCUUCGGGUUGGAAAGUGAUCGCGGGCUUCCCUUUUCUUGAGUCAUGUUGAUAAAUUUUGCAAAAUUGGUGCCCUUCAUCAAGGCCAUGAAUGGUAAUUUUGAAUAGAAACAAUAAUUUCUUUUCUCACCGUCAGUACUUCCUCUGCUCGGUGAAGCAAAAUGUUUUUCUUAGAUUGCAGCAUCGCGGAGGCAUUUAUGUUAGAGAGAUGAGUAACUUUUGGUUAAGCAGAGGGCACUUCCUCGCCUGGGUACAGCUGGCUCAUCUUACAUCUAUGCCUCUCAUGCUCCCUGCCUCCUACGCGUAGUAGUAGUACUAGUAGCAAUAGUAUACCAUCAUUACCAUUAUCAUCAUUAUUACUAUUAUUAUCAUCAUAAUGACCCUCCCCCUCUUUCUCAGUGACCUCCGCCAAGCAUGGAAGCCACUGUUUGUCUUAUUAUUUCCGGCUUUCUCCGGAUGGUCUCUCGGGUUCUUGUUAAGUGUUCCAUCAGACUCUGUGGAAUGCGCUUUCGAGCAGGAUCCCAUGAACUAACCAUAUUCUGCCCAGACAUGUUCGAUGGGGCUGAGGUCACAACCCCUACGAGGCCAGUCCAGGAGCCCCAACACACUCUGGUUUGCAAGCCACUCCUGGACUAUUCUGAACAUAUGUGUAUAAACUCUGUCCUGAACAAAUCAUAUUCGUUCAAAAAGGUAGUAUUUUUUGGCCUUUUUGUUUAUUUUCUUUACUUGUAAAAUACGGAGUUGAAUAUCUUCCGAGAUCAUUACUUAUGCUGAUGAUAUAGUAUAGUUUGCCACCAUUUCAUCUCCUCGAAAGAGAAUCCAAGUGACCUUUGCAUUGUACGAUGAAAUUGGUUGAAUAAAACACUUGGCAUUUCGAGUAUGAUAUGAAGUUGAAUCCAGUGACGGUCAUUUAUCUCAUAAUUGCCAUAUCUAGAUCCCCUUUCCCUAAUCACCUUGAUAUUAUUUUUAACAACACCGUGCCGGAGAAUCUUAACGACUAUAAUUAUGGUGUAACUCACGAUGCUAAACUAAGCUUUGAGUUGCACCUGUAGUUGAUGGCUUUAUUAAUGUCGUAGAAAUUGGGGGUUUCCUUUCCGUAGGUGUCGAAAAAACUCAAACAGUAGCACUAAAUUGUCUGUCUCCCAUUUUCAUUUGUCUCUAUUGAAGACUCAUUGAAAUGUCUUAGUCCGGACCCCUAAUCAGGUCAAACUAUAACAUCUUAAUUAAAAAAAUAUAUAUAUAAUACUGAGCAUCGGCACCUUGUUGGUUCUCUUACAUUAUUGUAGAGGAUGUAUAAUGAUCAUAGUCAUCCUUCAACCAUUUUCUUCCCCCACCUUUUCAGCAACUAAGGUUAAACUGGGUUACCGUAUAUCAAUAUUAUAUGGCAUUUUCA